GACACACACACACAAAAACACACACACACACACACGUCAGUGAGAGGAGAGAGGGAAGAGAGACGGAAACAAUCAACUCAAAGAGAGAAGAGACGGUGAGAGCGGACAGCUGACAAAAUGCCGAUGACCGAUCUGUUGAAAGCUGAGGAGAUCAAGAAUGCUCUUGAUGCCUUUGCAGCAGAAACAUUCGAUCCUAAGAAGUUCUUUGAAUUGGUCGGAAUGACGGCCAUGUCUGCCGACGAGGUCAAGAAGGUUUUCCAGGUUCUGGACGUGGACGGUAGUGGGUUUAUAGAAGAGGAAGAGCUCAAGUUUGUACUGAAGGGCUUCUCCAAGGACGGCAGAGAUCUGACUGAUGCCGAAACAAAAGAGUUCCUGAAAGCGGCAGACAAAGACGGCGACGGCAAGAUCGGCAUUGAUGAGUUUGAGGCCAUGGUACACGAGUAAGGAAUGGUCGAACACCCGCUGCCUCCACUGUCGCCUCCUCUUUGUCCCUGCAUUCACAUUUUUUGCAUCUGCCGCCUUCAAACUUCCUCUGGACCCCAAUCGUGGAGUCAAACCAAGCUUCCUGUCUACAAAACACAACAAGCAGAGACAGGCCGACAGAGAGAGCCACCACGAGGAGACACAGACAGGCAUACUUGUUAGGCGCCACUUUCAUUUUCCAAUUAAAUUUUCUUUCUUUUUUUUCAAUAUAUUUAAUCUCUCAUGUUGUGUUGGUGUCAGAAUAAAAAUCAUCCAUAUUUCAUGAGGAUAGUUUGUGGUUUCAAACAGGUGCUUGUGCUGUAAGUGGUGUAGAUGUGAUGACAGACUUGUUAUAGCUUCCUGUGUAUUUCAGGUUGUGCAUCUUGUCUAAUUGUUUUUUUUUCUAGAUGUUAACAUAACAGUGCACCUUCCUCCCACCCCUCAUCCUCAUCAUCCACCUUCACUCAGCUCACCUCCUCUCCUCUAUCCCCUCCACCUCCUCCUCUUCCUUACCCUCCACCUCUGAUCAGAUGAUAUAGUAAGUCAAACGAGAAAAGGUGUAAAGACUGAGUAAGAAAUGAUAAUAAAUAAAAGUUGAGUAAGAA